UUGACUUUCAGUGUGCCCGCGACCGUUCGUGAAGUGGAGUUCAUCAACGUACACUCUACUGACAUACGUGUACAGCACGUGUCAUCGGUGAUAGAUUUUUCUACAGUCCAGAAGAUAGAGUGAACAUUGUUAAUUGUUCGUGAAUUCGAGGGGGUGCAAGAGCUAAAACUGAUGAUCGGGUGAUUCGAUAUAAAUAUUAUAAGAGUGCUGUGACAGUUGAAAAUGAAGUUUCACGUGGUGGUGCUUCUAUUCGCCUUUGCCAACAUAUCAAUUGUUAUACCCUGUGCAAAUGGCUUUAACGUCGAGACCAAACAUUUCACAAUGUACAGGGAGGAAACAUUUUCAAUGUUUGGAUUCUCCGUAGCCGAACAUCAAGACCGAGAUCGACACGGAUGGGUGAUCGUUGGCGCUCCAGAAGCACAAACACAGCAACAAUCGGUCACGCGUGGUGGUGCAGUGUAUCGAUGUGAUAUAUACAGAGACAAUUCUUGCCAACAAAUUUACUUCGACCCAAAGGGAAAUAGCUACAACAUCAAUCCGAAUUCGGACCCGAACAUAUCGAAUCAAUUGGACAACAAGACUCUGCAAUGGUUCGGGGCGUCGGUUUCGGCGUCGCAAACAAUCGGAGGACCAAUUUUAGCUUGUGCACCGAGAUACUUGUGGUUCGGAUCGAAUUUGCAGAGGAGGGAACCCGUGGGGACUUGUUACAUCACAAAAAAUUCUUUCAGCGAACCGAAGGAAUUUUCACCCUGUCGAACGAGACGUUGGGGUUACCACAGGCAGGGAUCUUGUCAGGCUGGUAUGAGCGCCGCCCUAUCUAAGGAUGGAGAGAGGGUGCUCAUCGGCGCUCCCGGGAGUUAUUAUUGGCAGGGUCAGGUGUACUCAGUCGACAGCAAUGCUGAUUUUCCAUACAUACCACCCCGAUUAUCGUACUUCGGGGAAUCUUCAGGUCAAGCCUUUUCGUCACCGGUCAGCAGUCUACCGAUUGUAAUGUCGACGAAAGAAAGUAAAGCAAUAGAUGACGAUUCGUACCUCGGUUAUUCCGUAGCAACUGGAAAUUUUGAAGGAAAUGGUCAAACUAGCGUAGCAGUCGGGAUGCCGCGAGGUGCAAAUCUACAAGGAAAGGUGCUGAUCUACGCAGCGAAUCUGACGACGACCUACCAAAAUAAUCUGUCCGGAACUCAAAUGGGCGAAUAUUUUGGUUACUCCGUAAUAGCCUGCGACGUUGACGGGGAUGGUCUCGACGAUUUGGUUGUCGGAGCACCGAUGUACACGAUGAAAGAUAACCCGGAAAUGACUUACGAAACGGGGAGAGUACACAUAUUUUAUCAGGGCAAUGGACCACAAAAGUUCAUCCGAACGGAAACGAGAGACGGAGUCGAUAAUAGAGGAAGAUUUGGACUUUCUUUGGCAUCUCUAAAUGACAUAAAUCGCGAUGGUUACGGAGAUUUUGCUGUGGGCGCACCGUACGCGGGUCCAAAGGGAAGAGGUGCAGUUUACAUUUAUCACGGAUCUGCAAAUGGCGUGUUGGAAAAAUAUUCCCAAGCUAUAUAUGCGGAACAAGUAAACGGAGUGAUAUCAACGUUUGGUUUUUCGGUAGCGGGAGGUCUUGACCUUGACGGAAAUCAGUAUCCCGAUGUAGUGAUCGGUGCAUACGAUUCUGGCACAGCUGCAUUUUUCAGAUCACGCCCAGUCAUUAAGAUAGAAGCAUUCGUAGCUUUCGAUUCCAAAGACAAAUCAAUAUCUCUUGAGGAUAAGAACUGCGUUCUGAACGAUCAAACGCAAGUACCUUGCCUAAAAUUAGACGCAUGUCUCAGUUACAGUGGAAUCGGAACCCAGGGUAACCACCAAAUCAAUAUACAGUAUGUACUAGAUUCGAAGAAAAGUAAGAACCCCCGCCUAUUCUUCGUUGACUAUGAAACAAGAAACUCAAUCAAUCAAACCGUCUCUCUAACACGUGACCAAAGACUUUGCAAGACAUUCAGAGUGUAUGUGACACCGAAUAUAAGGGAUAAACUGACCUCGAUUGACGCCGAAAUGAGGAUGAGUCUUAUCGAAGAUCGUGCAGUACUUGAAAUGACUAGGAAUCCAACUGCUCAGCUCACUCCUGUACUAGGUGCCACCACGUCACAGCCGGAUAGCUUAUCGAUUUACAAAAAAUGUGGCGAGGAUAAUGUUUGCAUUCCUAAUCUACAGCUCAAAGUUACUCCGAGCGUCGAGAAAUAUCUACUAGGAUCUGGCGAUAAACUCGAGCUCGAAAUCGUUGUGCAAAAUUCUGGGGAGGAUGCUUUCGAAGCCACAUAUAAUCUGAAGCUUCCCACUGGCAUUGAUUACAUUAAAAUUGAGAGAAUCGACAAGACCGAAAUACCUGUGCAAUGUUCUGCACCGAAACAAUCUAACAACAACACCUUGCGAUGCGAUAUCGGUAACCCCUUACCGGGCGGAGAUCUCGUCCAUUUCAAGGUCAUCCUACAACCGGUGACUUCCCAAGGUAUGGAAGCGAGCUUCAAACUCGACAUGGCAGUCAACACGACGAAUCCAGAAAACGCCGGUACUCAAGACGACAACACUUAUCAACUAAACCUGCCGAUUUGGGUACAGACGGAGUUAAUUAUUGAAGGAAAAAGUAGACCGAAGGACCUUUAUUUCGAUUUCGGUAACUACACGUCUGAAAAUGUUACCAGCGAAUGGGAAUUCGGGCCACUUCUUACGCACAAUUAUACUAUACGAAACGAUGGACCCUCGAAUAUUUUGGAAGCUGAAGCUUUUCUCGUUUGGUCAGCGCAAACUCUCAACGGAGAGGAAUUCAUCUAUCUUCUUGAACAACCAGAAACUUCUGGACCGAUAAAAUGCGAGACUGCGAACGCAAAUUACUUGAGCCUCGUGCUCGACCAGAAGCGUCGAAUUCACGUAAAUUACGAAGGAGCGGAGUCCGCUGGUUAUUCAAGUAACGGAGCUAACAAAAAUGCUGAGGAAGCCCGGAUAAAUCAGCGAAAAGAAACUGGAACAUACAAACAGAAAGAUUAUGACUAUGGUUCGGAGGUUGAAAUAGAGGUCAAUUCAUCUGGAGGAAAACAGACCUACGGGUCGUAUACGCAAAACAAAACAAGCCACUCCGAAUCUGGAGGUGCAAUUACAAGCCAACAAAACAGAUUCGAAAACUACAACCAGGCUGCAAACUCCGGAGGUGGAAUCACGAGCCAACAAAAUAGAUUCGAAAACUACAACGAAGGUGCAAGCGCCGGAGGCGGAAGUAUAAGACAACAAAAUAGAUUCGAAAACUACAACGAAGGUGCAAGCGCCGGAGGCGGAAGUAUAAGACAACAAAAUAGAUUCGAAAAUUACAACGAGGGUGCAAACUCCGGAGGCGGAAUCACGAGCCAACAAAAUAGAUUCGAACACUACAACGAGGGUGCAAGCGCCGGAGGCGUAAUUACAAGCCAACAAAAUAGAUUCGAAAACUACAACGAGGGUGCAAGCGCCGGAGGCGGGAUUAUAAGACAACAAAAUAGAUCCGAAAACUACAACGAGGGUACGAGCGCCGGAGCGGGACAUGCUGGCAAAAUUUUUACGGGAACUGGUUCGGGUUCUGAAGGUUAUGGGGGUGAAUUUGAAAUGACAAUUCGACCGGUAAUUCCCCUUCAACCUGAAGGAGGGCAAUACUCUGGUGGCGUGGCAUGGAGUGGAGGAAGUAACCAACAGGAGAUAUACAAUAAAACAGAGGGGGUAUUUAAAUACGGUUGGAGAGAUGGAAAUUACAAGCACGAUGAGGGUAAUUUUAAUGUGAACGGAGGUUUCGAACAUCACGAAGAAUCAACGAAUAGCGGAUCUGAUGGUUUGACCGAAGACGACAGAAGGUACUACGAAGCGCAGUUAAGGGAGAAAAAUUUACGUUUAGAAAGCCAGAGACAAGAUGCAGAGCGACGACGUUUGAUAGAAAGUCAGAAGGCUGAAGCAGAGAGACAGCGGGUUAUCGAAAAUCAAAGAAUCGCCGAUCAAGUAGCAGAAGCAGAAAGACAACGUAUGAUCAACGCCCAACGACAAGAACAGGAGAAACUAAUUCUGGAAAGAGAUCGUCAACAUACAGUAGUGACAGAGAUGACAGAAUCGGAAAGACAAGAACUUCUUGAGAAGCAAAGAACAGAUAUUGAUCGUCAACGUAUAAUCGAAGGUCGUCUCACAGAAACAGAGCGAGAAUAUCUUCAAGAAUUUCGAAGGUCAGAAGUGGAAAGACAGCGUGCAAGCCGUCAGCGUUACUAUGAGGAGCAAGAAAGAGUUCGUCAGGAAUCCCAAAGACGUUUAGAAACGGAAAGACAAAGCAAUCCUGAUAUAUCUUAUGGAGUUCAACGUCAUUACGCAACGGACACCGAAAACUCCCGAAGACGAUUACCCGUGUUCGGUUCAACAUCAGACGGCGUUUCAACCAACAAUAGAGAACAUAGUUCAUCAGGAAAUUCGGGACUACAUUUCCAAAUAUCAAAUAUCGGCUCCUCGCAAGACUUGGAGAAAUUCUUUUCAAAUUUGAAUACUCAAUCCGCAGCCUUUACCACCCAUUCCAGAGACGAAAAGCAAUUUGCUCUAUUUGACGGACGAUUCCGUGUGGCGGGAGAUAGGGAAUACAUUGAAUUUAGAAACGGUGAAGUGUUCGAGCUCCAAGAUAGCGAAGGAGCUCCGAUAUAUACGACCGGUCGCGGUCACACCGACCAGUUCGUACGUCUCGAAGGGCAGUUGAUGGGCGGUGAAGACGGCAAAAUUUACAUACAGUUAUCGGAUGGUCGUAGAUUCCAAAUUCCCGGAACGUACAGUUAUCAAAAACAACAAACCUUCACGGUCGGCGGAGGGCCCAGGGGAAAUUCAAGAACCGAAAACUACAAUUACGGAAGUGAGAUCACGCACGAGGGUGGAUCUCAAGGCGGUCGGGAGUUCGAACCGUUCCGUAAUAAAAAUUAUCACGAAGAAUCGUACGAAGAAAACUAUACAUCGGCGAAAAAAGUAACUUCCGGAUCUGGUGGUACUCACUACGAAAGCAGAGGUACAUUUAACGGCGAUAACGUACCCACAGAUCGACCGGAAAAUCGACUGAGUCGUUACCCAAGGGAGACCGAUGUUCUGGAUAUCGAAGAGUUCAGGGAAAUUGAAAAGCAGCAAAGACGUCAGAGGGAAAUCGCCGACGGAGAUAUCAACGAGGAUGAUCCCGCCGCCGCUUUUCUAAGGAGUUCCAGAUUUACCGAAGUCGAUUACAACACGGCUAAAGUUGGAACGGACGAUGGCCGGUUAUGCACAUCUGCUAAAUGCGUUCAACUGAAGUGUACGCUCGGUCCUCUGGACAAAGGCCAGGAAGUAUGGAUCGCCAUGCGUUCUAGAGUGAAAGCUAAGACCCUGAACGAAAUUGCGUUCAACGAAAAAGUCAGAGUUUCAACCAAGCUCGUAGCACGUGUUACUCGACAACCCUUUAUCGGAGCCCCGAUAGAUCAACUGCCGAAAAGCCAUGAAAUCUACACCACGAUAUAUCCCACCACUCCUCUUACGGAACCUGACGUUGUCCCACUCUGGGUCGUGGUCCUAUCGGCCUGCGCGGGCACGAUCAUCUUGCUGCUACUGAUAUUCCUACUCUACAAGUGUGGUUUCUUCAAGAGAAACAGACCAACAGAUGCACCUGAGAGACAACCGUUGAACAGGAAUGGUCAUUACCCGAAUCAAGAUUAAGUGCAUCAAAUAUGAUGAACUGCACAUGCGUUGGUUCAUUAUAGAUUUGGACGCGAUUCGAUCGAAUCAAACUUUUUCUUUGAUGGGGUGGAUCGAUAAUAUUGCCAUAAAAAAUUAUUCAUCGGGCUCCUUACAGCUGCAGAUCUGUACACAUCAUUCACGUCGCGAUGAGAGUCCCAAUUAUUUAUUUUUCUCUUUUUCCUUCUCCUUUUAUACGAUGAUCAAUUCUUAACGAACGACUGUUUUAUAUGAUAUUUUUUAAUAUUAUAAUCGAUUAUAAAAACGAGUGCCUUUUUAUAAAAUAUAAUAUUAUCUAUUAUUCGAACGAAAUCAAACAAACAAAAAUUAUAUUACUAGAGAGAACUGCGAUAGCGAUUAGCGAGUAAUUUUUUUAACAUACUGCCAAUGGAACUCCCUCCAGCUGCUGAAGCUCUCUUACUUCUAUACACAAGUGAGUUUCUAGUCAGAAACACGUUUUUCUUCAUCACUAUCAUCAAAGAUACACAGGCUGCACUAAAAGGAAUAAUAAUACAAAAAAGAAAAAAUAUAUCGAUACAGAAAAAAACAUAAAAAAUAAAACGAAAAAAAGAAAAAAAAAAAUCAAUGAUUAACAAAAUGAUAAUUCAUCGAAAUAACAAUUUAUAAAUAUUUUGUGUAUAUAUAUUCAGUUAUUAAUCUUGAUUACCUAUAUUCUUUUCAUUGAAUUUUUUUCGACCUGAUGUUAAUUACUCUAGUUAAGAAUCAUCCGCCAUCAAGGAUUGUAUACCCUAUUUUCUAUCAUGUAUCUCAUUAAUUAUAUGACAAUUCUAUUUUACCAGUGCCCUGCAGACCCGCGGUAAUAAAACAAAAAAAUUUCAGUUAAGAAAUUUAGAAUAUGCCUCAUUGCUUGUAUACAUAGAUAAUUGCGGUCUGUUUUGCUCAGAAGCAGGUGGGAGCAUAGAAAAUAAUAUAAUAAUUUAUUAAAAUUAAGUAUAUACCGAAUGCUCGAAUGAUAUGACACGCGAGAUGGAGACGUGUACUAACGUCUCAUGUAUGUAUGUAAAUUAUUAAUUCAUACUAAAAACUUAGAAAAAAUAAACUUAAGCAAUAAGAAUAAAUACACGAAAUAUUCGCGAUCCAAUUAUUGUUCUUGACGAUGGGGAGAACAUAUAUGUAAAUACAGAGUAAGCGUUAAUGUUAAAAUAAUAAAUAAUAUUAAUACUAUA